AUGGCCGCCUCUUCCAGCAGCAAGCCACUGCAACCCGUCACUCACGUCAUUUUUGACAUGGAUGGCACCCUCCUGAAUACCGAAGCUCUUUAUACGAUUGUGUUCCAAGAGCUGUGCAACCGCUUUGGGAAGAAAUUCACUUGGGAAGAGAAGGCCUUAAUUAUGGGCAGGAGGGAAGCUGAGGCAGUAGAGAUCAUGCGCAAGGUCCUCGACAUCCCCUUAAGCGCCGAGGAAAUCUUGCGUGAAACAACAGCGAGGAAAAAAGAAUUAUUUUCGACCUCCUCAUUGCUGCCAGGUGUCGAAAGACUCCUCCGCCACCUCCAUCGGCACAAGGUCCCCAUUGCGGUCGCCACCAGCUCGGUCCGAGAGUACUACGAAAUUAAAACAGGCCACCUCAAACCCGUCUUUGGGCUCUUUCAUCAUAUUGUCACGGGAGAUGACCCCGAAGUGAAAAACGGCAAGCCGGCCCCCGAUAUUUUCUUGGUCUGUGCGAAUAGGUUUGAGCCUCCGGCGGCGCCAGGGAAGUGCCUCGUGUUUGAAGACGCACCCCACGGCGUCUCUGCGGCCCUUGCGGCUGGGAUGCAAGUGAUCAUGGUGCCUGAUGAAAACUUGAAGAAAGAACUUACUAAACAAGCAACCCUAACGCUGCAGUCGAUGAAUGACUUCAAGCCAGAAAUGUUUGGCUUACCCAAAUUCGAUUGAAAAUGGUCAUCUUA